AUGCCCGACCGUGCGUACUACGGCCAUAAAUUGAACGCGCUAGCGCCGCACUAUAUGGAAAUUGGUAAACGCUGUUUUGCGCCAACUGCGGGACAUAUUAAUGUAUUGGCGCAUGGCGACCUCUGGGUCAACAAUGUCAUGUUCAAAUAUGAUCCUAGGACAAGCGAGCCCGUCGAUGUGCUUCUCAUCGACUUUCAAUACACUUUCUGGGGCUCACCGACGCUGGAUCUGCAUCACCUUUUCAACACCUCACUGCAGGAGCCACUACGACUACAUAAACAGGAUGUGCUGUUCCAGUAUUACCAUGGUAUUUUUAGUGAUGUCCUGCAGAGGCUGAACUAUAGUACACAUCCAGUGCCCUCGUUGAACCUCUUCCGGCAGCAGGUGGAGCAGAAACGAUUUUUCGCGUUCCAUUCUUCCUGUGUCGUACAGCCGGUAAUGAUCAGUGAAGACACAANCG